AACAAUACCAGCUAGGUAGGCAGGACCCUUGAUGCUGGGAUGGAGUUUGAAGUUUGCCAUGAGUAUAAGAAAAAGCAAAGAGCAGUUUUAAACAGAAAUGACACAGUCUGAUUUGGGCCUUAGGAAUGUCUCUCUGGGCCCAUGUGGAAAUGAGAUUGGAGGGGCACCAUGGUGGAGGCUGUGGGUAGAGUUGUCCUGUAAUAACGCAAACUUGGUCAGGAGGGCAGUGGCAUGGGGAAAGCUGACCUGCCCCCAGAGCACAUGCUGCAGAGGCCAGAGCAGCCCCAGCUGCGAAGGAAAGAAAAGCCACAGCCCCACAAAGCGUCAGCGGAAGACACAGAAACUGAGUGUCACCUACGAAGCCUCAGAUCAUGAGAAAGGAGAAGGCGCCAAACCCCCGGAGGCACCAGGCUGGGAGCCCCGGGACUGGCAGCAGCAGCUGGUGAACAUCCGUACCAUGAGGAGUGGGAAGGACGCGCCUGUGGACCAGCUGGGGGCUGAGCACUGCUAUGACCCCAGUGCACCCCCAAAGGUGCGGAGGUACCAGGUGCUGCUGUCACUGAUGCUCUCCAGCCAAACCAAAGACCAGGUAACAGCAGGUGCCAUGCAGCGGCUGCGCGCUCGGGGCCUGACCGUGGACAGCAUCCUGCAGACAGAUGACAGCACGCUGGGCACGCUCAUCUACCCCGUAGGCUUCUGGAGGAGCAAGGUCAAGUACAUCAAGCAGACCAGUGCCAUCCUGCAGCAGCGCUAUGGCGGGGACAUCCCAGCUUCUGUGGCAGAACUGGUGGCACUGCCGGGCGUUGGGCCCAAGAUGGCACACUUGGCCAUGGCAGUGGCCUGGGGCACUGUGUCUGGCAUCGCGGUGGACACGCAUGUGCACAGAAUCGCCAACAGACUCGGGUGGACCAAGACAGCGACCAAGUCCCCGGAGAAGACUCGUGCGGCGCUGGAAGCCUGGCUGCCCCGGGAGCUGUGGAGUGAGAUCAACGGACUGUUGGUGGGCUUCGGCCAGCAGACGUGUCUGCCCGUCCACCCGCAAUGCCAGGCCUGCCUCAACCGAAGCCUGUGCCCGGCCGCACGCAGCCUCUGCGGGCCGUGAAGCCUCGGCCCGGCCACCGUGCGUUGGCCUACACAUGCCUUUGCUGGGGAGCCACGGCCCGUUUAUAAUAAAGCUCGGGAGUU